AUGCUCCUUCGAGCAAGGCGGAAUGCAAUCUGGGCAUCCAUCGGCUUGACAUUGGCCUACGUGCUCCUAUGGCCUAUUCCCAUGUACGGUAGUCGCUAUGUGCUCAGCAAGCACUUCUUCAUCGGCUGGAUCGUCGUGACCUUCCUCUGGGCCUUCUACGCAUCGACCGUCAUCACGUUGCUUCCGAUAUGGGAAGGACGGAGGAGCAUCGCCGCAUUCUGCCGGUUCCUCAUCACGCCAAAGGCCAAGCGACUCGAAGCCACGGCCGAAAUCGUCGAGAAACCCCAAUCUCGGAAUCAAAAUCAGCAGUUGGUCAAGUGA